AUGUCUAAGCACCUAGACUUCAUUCUCGGCCUCGAAGAGCCGACAUUAGACCGAAGACUUAGUUUCAAGUUUUCCCGCGCUCGUCUUACAGCGCCAUCUACAUCUUCUGUUAUACACUUAACCUCCCACCCGCGGAGCCAAUCUUCGCCGCAAAAAUUCUCAGAAGACGGCCUGUAUAUUUCCCCAGGCCCUCUGACGACAGAAAUAGUAAAACCUUACCAAUUAGACAGCCACCGGAAGAUAAUAACCUCCCGAGCGCCCUCUCCCCAGUCGCGAGUUCUCGAAUUCUCUAUAAACGAGUUCAAAAUGGCUGACCCUGGCUUGAUAACCUCAGUGAGCCUGUUGCACCAAGACACCGCCAUUUGCCGGCUAUCACCGCCAUUUUGUUCCAAGUUGUGCAAAUUAUUGUUAAAAAAGGAGCCGAACUUGAGCCUGAAGCUAACUUCAAGCUCCUCAUCGGUAAUUUUACCUCUCCCAUUGCCCAGCAGGUGUGUAAGGAACUAUCCAAUCACAAUAGACUUCUCGCUCCCCUCUCCUUUGAUCUCCGGCCAAUGCGCGGCCUUGGUGAGCCUCGAAGCCCCUUCAAAGCCGAAAAGUUACCACGCUCCGCCCACUUCGGACCCCAACGACCCCCAGAACGUUGCCAUAAGGCCCUCUAGGGCCCAAAAUGCGCCAUUUUUCGCGCUAGUGGACCCCGGACUUUGUAUCGAGGCGCCAUCUGUCGGACCAGUUGCUAAAACAGUUGUAGAAGCCGCCACAAAGGUUAUAAACGAGCCAGCGACGUUUUCUCUAAGAGAUAUUACGUUUAAUAGGUGGUUUGAGGCCGCUAGGCCCUUAAGGCCCCUCAAAAUGGCCGACAGCAAGCCUGAGGCCCAGAUAAUGGUGGAAAAAAAUGAAGUGUUAGCUCUGACGGUGCUCAGAGCCAUCCAGGUGCCGGUUAGAGAAGAAAAUGGCCGCGCUAAUCCAGUUUUAGUGCUUCAGUGGGGAGAUAUUGUUGAAGUCACCAAAAUGGCGGACUCUGCGAACCCAAUAUGGCAGCAGACGUUCAAUUUCGGGCUUCCGAAGAAUUUUGAAGAGGAAAUGGGGAUUAAAAUGGUCUUGUAUGAUCAGCAUCCGACCUGGGGGCUUCAAUGGUUAGGAGAAUCUGCAAUACCGACUGAAGGUAACGAGAAUUACUUUGAAAUUGAGCGAUGGGUGACCUUGUCGAGGUUGAAGAAACCCAUUUUGAGGUUCGGGUACAAAGAAAAUGGCGACACGAGGAUCUAUGUGUGUCUGAAGGUAAAGAAGAACUUCGGGAAGGAGGAUAAGGUUAAAAUUGAUGUCCUUGCGAAGACUUUGCAGAGAUGUGUGGUCCCGUAUAAGCUUGAGGGCCUGGAGGGGGAGGUGGAGGAGGUGGUUAUGAGGUUAAGGACCCUGCCGAGGGAAGUGGGACCUGUUUUACCGAGGCAGGCGCUCAAGAUUGGAAAGGUGGAUUACUUUGGAAGGGCCGCGCUGUUGGCAAGUUUACUCGCUGGGGAAGAUAAGGACGCUUCUGUGGUGAUUGGAAGCUCCCAGGUGCGACACCUGGCGGCGUAUGUUGUUACUCUCGGUAAAGAGGUGGAGGUUUGGGAUGCUGAGAACGGGGAGAGGGGGAAGAUUGGCGAUAACUGGCAGCUUAUAACCUCAACAUCAGCGACACCUAGAGAGCCUCAAACCUUAACCCUAGACCCCGAGCCCGCUUCUGAAAACUCCGAAGAAAUAGAAACCUACCUUAAGGACAACUUGUCGCAACUGCGCAGCCGCCUAGGCUUCAUAACAAUUUUUAAUAGACACGCUUCUUCGGUCCUCAAGCCCUACUUGGAAUCACUGACUACUCAGGACCUAAAGGACGGCCAUCUUGAGCAACUGAAUCGCGUCUACUUUAUUUCCGGCUACGUGGUGAAUCUUCGGUACGAUGGUAAAGAAGAACUCCUUAAUUUCUUCUUAUCUACAAAGAUUCAAGAAGUUACUGGGCCAGUUGAGUUCUCUAUUGUUUGCAAUCUUCAGCGCCAUGUUGGAAGAAUUUUUUCUUUGUGGCUAUGUGUCGCCAUCUUGCGGACUCGCGAGUAG